AUUCUCCACAGCCUGUCAGCGCGUCAUGCAGUUUGCUGUUGAAAGUCAGAAUAUCAGGGUUCCAUUGACCAGUCGCUUGUCAGGUCUGGCUCAUUUCUAAGCAUUCGAAGGUCCAAUUCUCCUUUUACCACUUCUACGACACAUCCUCAAUCCUUGUCUACCACCAAUUCACCACAUACGGAAUUCAACAUGAAGUCAAUUCGCACCAGCUCUGCACUGGCAUCUCAGUUCUCGGCCACGACAUGUUCACGAGCAGCAAUUGCAUCCCGCAACUCCACCUCUCCGCAAACCCGCUCAUUCUUCCCGAAUCCCUUUGCAUCCCAAAGCCUCCAAACGUUAACAGCAUCUCGCAUCCUCCCUUACGACGCAAAAACUCUCUACGCAAUCGUCGCCGACAUCCAAAGCUACCACAAGUUCCUCCCCUUCUGCAUCUCGUCCAAUGUCACCAAGCAAUCCUCCCCGGAUGCAGAAGGAAAGACAUGGCCUGAAGAAGCAGAGCUAGUCGUCGGCUACAAAGACGUCAUGCGCGAGUCCUUCUACAGCCGCGUUUACUGCGCCCCCGAAGACUUCAUCGUCGAGUCCGUGAGCGGAGAAACCGAUACCACCGUCCCUUCUGCCAGCAUCAAACACCACAGCACCCGUCCCUCGCCCGACCAAGAUCCCGCUCGCAAUGCUACUAUCCUUACGCAUCUCCGCUCUCGCUGGACAUUGAGUCCUUUCCCGUACAAACCUGGUCCCAUGGGUGAUGAGAGGCCUCAAGAAGUCACUUCGGAUAUCCCGCCGAGGAUGCAGACCGAGGUUAAUCUGUCCAUUGACUAUCAAUUCGCAAAUCCGCUUUACACUACGCUGAGCGCGGCUGCUGCGCCAAAGGUUGCGGAGAAGAUGAUUGAGGCUUUCGAAUUGAGAGCGAGGGAGAUGUUGGAUCGUCCUGCUACCAGCAAGACUGCCAAAUUCAAGGGUGCCAUGGGUAUUCCUAGCGUUGGUGAGAAGGCAAAGGCUUAGUCUGGUUGCACAAAAUCAAGAAGACGAUAUGUAAGAUAUUCAUUGUAUGAGUAGCUAG